GCAUGCGCCUUGGCGGCCAGCGAUGGCGGCGCCCGAGGAGUCGCUGAGGAGGCGGAAGGUCGGGAGCGCGGGCCCGGGACCUGGGUCUCCGCCGGGGCCGGGGCGCGACCCCGCGGGCUGCCCGGCCCGCCUCGGCGCAGGCACCUUCUGGCUGACCAGGAUCGUGCUCCUGAGGGCGCUCGCCUUCGUUUACUUCGUGGCGUUCUUGGUGGCUUUCCAUCAGAACAAGCAGCUGAUCGGAGACAGAGGGCUGCUGCCCUGCAGGCUGUACCUGCGGAGCGUGCAGCAGCACUUCCGGGGCGGCGCUGGCUGGGACGCCGUGAGCUACGCCCCCACGCUACUCUGGCUGCUGGACUGGUCGCACAUGGACUCCAACCUGGACGCCAUCGCGCUCCUCGGGCUGGGCGUCUCGUCGUUCAUCCUCGUCACUGGCUGCGCCAACAUGGUUCUCAUGGCUGCCCUCUGGGUCCUCUACAUGUCCCUGGUCAACGUGGGACAGGUCUGGUAUUCAUUUGGAUGGGAGUCCCAGCUUCUGGAGACGGGCUUCCUGGGAAUCUUCCUGUGCCCCCUCUGGACUCUGUCUCGGUUGCCCCGAGGGACCCCCACAUCCCGGAUCGUCGUGUGGGGCUUUCGGUGGCUGAUCUUCAGAAUCAUGCUCGGAGCAGGCCUGAUCAAGAUCCGGGGGGACCAGUGCUGGCGGGACCUCACCUGCAUGGACUUCCACUACGAGACGCAGCCAGUGCCCAACCCUGUGGCCUACUUCCUGCACCGCUCCCCGUGGUGGGUCCACCGCAUCGAGACGCUGGGCAACCACUUCCUGGAGCUCGUGGUGCCCUUCUUCGUCUUCCUGGGGCGGCGGAUGUGCGUCCUCCACGGGGUCUUACAGAUCCUGUUCCAGGUGGUCCUCAUCAUCAGCGGGAACCUGAGCUUCCUGAACUGGCUGACCAUCGUGCCCAGCAUCGCCUGCUUCGAUGACGCCACCUUGGGCUUCCUGUUUCCCUCUGGGCCAGGUGGCCUCAAGGAUCAAGUCCUGAAGAUGCAGAAGAAGGAAGGUCAAGGGGUCCAGCCCAUGCCAAGAUACGGCUGCAUGGUGCGGCAGGCGGUCAACCUUGCGAUGGGCAUCCUGGUCGCCUGGCUCAGCAUCCCUGUGGUCCUCAACCUGCUGAGUCCCAAGCAAGUCAUGAACAGCUCCUUCAACCCCCUCAGAAUCGUCAACACGUACGGGGCCUUUGGAAGCAUCACCAAGGAGCGCACGGAGGUCAUCCUGCAGGGCACGGCCAGCCCCAACGCCAGCGCGCCGGACGCCGUGUGGGAGGACUACGAAUUCAAGUGCAAGCCGGGCGACCUGAGGAGGCGGCCGUGCCUCAUCUCCCCCUACCACCACCGCCUCGACUGGCUCAUGUGGUUCGCGGCCUUCCAGACCUACGAGCACAACGAGUGGAUCCUCCACCUAGCGGGCAAGCUCCUGGUCAACGACGCCCAGACCCUGUCGCUGCUGGCCUUCAACCCUUUUGCAGGCAGGGCCCCGCCCAGGUGGGUCCGGGGUGAGCACUACCGCUACAAGUUCAGCCGGCCUGGGGGCGGGCACGCCGCCAAUGGCAAGUGGUGGAUCCGCAGGAGGCUCGGCGCCUACUUCCCCCCGCUCAGCCUCCAGGACCUGAAGGGCUACUUCAAGGCCCGGGAGUGGCCGUACACAGAACUGGAAUAGAGUGACCUGUGCCCGAGAAAUAAAGCGGGAGGCCACGCCAGCUGCUCUGAGUGAGGUCUCGUUCCCAGCGCCGCUGCCUGCGCCUGCACGUCCAAGAAGGCAAACCGGUGAGAGGGGGGAUCUCGGGAGCCCCUGGGUUUCCUAGUUGAUUAGAGACCCCAGGGGGCGGGAGGGCCACCGGGGUCCAGGUGGAGAUCAUGCGCACAGCUCUCCAGGCUGGGCCCUGCUUUCCUCCCCAGGGACCAGCAUCCCAAGCACGGACAGAAGCCCUUUGUCCCCCUGGGGCGGGCCGCCCCACCGGGCCUCCGCCCCUCCUUUGUGACCAGAGCCCCCAGUCUCGUGCUGUGGGGCCUCCUGCUCCCUGACCUGCAGAGGGGGUGGGUGGCCUGGUGCUGCAGCAGCGGGGAUGCCCACAGCCGCGAUUGGAGGCCCGGUCGUCACAAGCUAAGCAGGAGUGUUUUCUGCUUGGCGAUCCUUCUGGGCCCCGCUGCCACAGCACUGGGUGCAUCCCGAGUCUUUACUGCCCGGCGUCAGCUGUGAGCGAGCAGAACGCCCGCCCGUGGGGUGAGGGCCCCCUGGACUAACAGCCACGCAGCGGGCAGCACGGCCCCAGCCCUGGUCGCCAGACCUGAGGAGUCGGAGGGGCUCCCACCCAGGGGGCAGCAAGUGGGGGCACCAGGCGGCUCCCCCUUCCUCCCACCCCACCCCCACCCCUGACCGUCCAGGGCACAGGCCACACCACGGAGGGUCUCGGCUGGAACGAGGGGGUUCAGGCCAGGAGGCCGGCCGAGGUGGGCACAAGUGCGGGUCUGUGUGGAGCCCCCGCCCGCCUGGGGGGCCAGCCCAGGUGCCAACAGAGAGUCCGUGUUCCUGCUCACAGGGAAACAGGCUCCCUGUGUCUGUGUCGGGACAGACGGGGCCUCAGACGAGGAGCCUGGAGCCAGCAAGUCUGCCCGCGGCGGCCGCGUGGAGCUAACCGCCGGCUGCUGUGCCUGGGCAGCCCUUCCUGGGGGGCUCUGCCAGCGGGGGGGUGCACAGGGGGUGUCCUGUGAGGCCCAGUGUGGGCAGGGGGCCUGAGGAGACACUGCGCCUGGGCCCAGAAGGCGCUCCCCCACUGUGCCCAGAACCAUGAGUGGCCUCCCUGCCAGGAGCCGUGGGGGGAGCGGGGGAGGGAUCCCUGCGCCUGCCAGCCAGGCUCGUCGCCACCCAGGGCUUGGGCAGGGGAGCCCCAGGACUCAGAUGCCCUAACUGUGGGCUUCUCUCUGGGCCUCGGUCCAGCCAUGCCUCCAAGUCUCCCAGAACCCCCAAGACACACACAGGAGGUGACGCUUAGGCCUGAGGCGUGGGGGCAGGGCUGGAGCUAGAGGCAGAGGUGACACAGGGAGACCCCAGGCCCAGUCACAGGGACCCCUUGGCUCAGGGGCACCCCAGGAACUGGUGGCCCCACAGCCGUCCCAGGACAGGACAAAUACACGCUCACCCCAGGGACAUCACAGGUGACCCCAGGUCUGGGUCUGGCUGAGGGCACUGUGGCUGGAGAGAGGCCACUCCUCUAACAAACUAAGGACCCCCCAGACCUGCUCCUCCUGCAGCCCCUCACCCUCCUGGGCUCGGGGCCCCCUGCCCCCACCCAUCCAACAGCAGACGGCACCGGCUUCACCCUCAGAGUCUGUCCUGAGGCCCACACGUCCCUCCUUGCUGGCUGUGAAUAGUCACUGCCACCCCAGCCCACCCAGGGCCUUUCUGCCCCACACUCGCCAGCGCCUCGGGCGCGGGGCCUCCGCACUGGCACCUCCUGGUGCCCAUGCCCCCAGAGCCACCAAGCCCUGCCUUCACCUGCCACCAGGCUGCUCCUGGUCACACUCGCAGCUGGUGGGAGCCCAGCCUGGCCCCUCAGGCCAAGCGGCCCCUAUCCAGGUCUGCCAGGUAAACUGUCGCCUGGUGGACGCAAAGAGCGCAGACACCGCGGGCACCUGCUCCACCCAACACCUCCCAUGAGACCUGUUGUUUCUUGACCCAAGAGAAACUUCCGGAGAGGGGAGGGGCUCAGGGACACGAGGUGGGGCAUUAGCCGUCUGGGUCUGAGGGACCGCUGCACGGCUGAGUCCGGGAGCAUGGGGGCCAUUCUCUCCUCUUCCCUCUCCCACCAGAUGUUGGCUGGGGCAGAUGGUCCAGGCACGGCUCUCCGCCCCACUGCAGGGAACUGUGGUCAGACUCAGUCGGGUGCUGGAGCCACUGCAGCCACUUCUGCCCUGAGGGGUCUAGGGUGUGGGGGAGGGGCGGGGGGGGGGCUGAGAACUUCAGGUGCCCCUGGUCUUCCCACCCACUCUCUCUAGCUGAUGGCCCUGGAAAUCAUGCCUGGCCGAGCCAGCCGUGCCGAGACCCCUGCCUCUGUCUGGGGACUCCUCCGUGCAGAACACUACACCCCCAUGGCUGUCACACGUCUGGACGGGGACUGUCCAGGCAUGGCAGCACACCCAGGCCACCUCAUCCCACCUGGGCCCCGCCAGGACCGUAAGCUGCAGAGUUUGUCCCUGUGGCCACACCACAUUCCAGAAAGUUCCUCAGCCCAGAAGGUGCUGGGCACAUGCUGAGACGUCUGUGCCCCACCCCCCCCACUGCUGCCCCAAGACGUGGAGGGGACCCUGACUCUCCACCUCGAGGGCCCCCCCCCACCCCCACUGAGCAACGUCGGCCCCCAGCUUGACCUGCUGAGUCGGGGCCGGGAGGCUGGGUCCCCUGGAAAGGGCCUGGCACAGGAGGACCACCCAGGCUGCUGCCUGUUUUGGGGGAUCUGGCACUCCAGUCGCCAUGCGCCAGGCAGUGGAGGUGCUCAGGGUGACCUGCUGGGCCUGGCUGUCGGCUCUGUCCCGAGCCAUGGGCUCCGCUGAGGGCCUGUCUCGGGGGACGGCCACCCUGCCUCCCCUCCUGCUCCAGCGGCCAGGUGAGGAGGCAGCUCCCAUCGCACACGGGGCAGGGUGCACGGGCUGUCGUCAGGCAGAGGGGCUCUGAUGUCCCUCCUUGGCCCAGAGGCUUUUACUUCAUGGUAAUUAGAUACAGUUCGGCACCUGCGAAGGCCGAGACACGCCUCUGGGCCUCAUUCAGAUGAGAGACCCUCCCUGGGCGCCCCUUCUCUCCUGGGGCCGCUGCACCUGCUGGUGGGCCUCACGCCCCAUGGUCUUGGGCCGCUGGUUCCAGCUGGAAGGGUCUGUGCCUCAGGCUCUCAGGAGGGGAUGGAGCUUCAGCUCAGCACGUCUGGAGUCCGGGAGGUGACAGGCCAUUAAAACUGGGCCGGGGAGGAACAGAAAGCUGAGCAGCUACUGUACGUAACCGCUUGCAUGGCCUCUACGGUUAUUCACGUCGCUCAUGGCGCCCUUAUAACUUCCAGAUCUCUCCCACCAGGGGAGCGGCCCCUCUCCGUUCCUGAGCUUUGUUCUGGGCUUUUCUCUUUUGUCUCCUGGUCGGUCUUCCCAGGGCGCCAGCUCUGGGUCCUGCAAUCAACUCUCCUCUUGCGGUUUCCAGUUCUCGCACGGCUUGCUGUCAUCUCCCUCCCUUCCUUCCACAUCUGCCAGGCUUUUGUCCGCUCUCUCCCUGGGUUGCAAACUUACUUCGUUUCUGUCCUUCCUCCUGAUUUCUAGGAAACGCGGCUACGGAGCCCCCGGCCGCACCCGUGGGUUCUGUUGGAUACUGUGGGCCUUGUCUGUGAAUUCUAGAGAUUCUCAUUUCCUCUUUAAGCCAUCCCAUAAUAGAGGUGGGGACUUCCAUUCUCAGAUGAAUGGAUUUGGGGCGCCAUCUUUUGUUUAUAUUUAAUUUUAUCGCCUGUGUUGGCCACUCCUGGCUCCCUCAGGAUCGACGCACCUUUCAGAAGUGAACGAGACUCCUGGGAAGAAUACCAUCUUGAAUUCUGAGGCACUGCUUGCAUGUCUCUCCUGAGGGGUUCCCUUGCUCAGCAGCAUGACAGUCUGCCCCCAGGUCCAUUCCCAUGUUGACCUCCCGACCCCGUGUCCUCACGGUUAAGAACCCACAGGACCUUCAUCCUCAGGGACUCAGUUCCUACACCACUGAGUAAGGUGGAACUCACGUAACAGCAAAUCGACCUUUAAAACUCCUGAAGUCAGGGCCGGCCCCAUGACCGAGUGGUUAAAGUUCCGCAUGGUCCACUUCAGCGGCCCAGGUUUGCAGAUUUGGAUCCUGGGUGUGAACCUGCUCCA